CUUUCCACGGUCCGCUUCGACCCGGCCAAGUCGCUCUCCGAGCAGGUGACCCGCCACGAGGAGAGUAUCGCCGAGUAUGAGCGGAUAUCUUCUUUGAAGUUCUCCGAGGACCUCAAGAUAACGACUUUGGUGCAGGCUGCCCCUGCAGCCUUGCAGGUGCAACUGCAUAUGAGCCUCAACUCGGAGACCACCUACGCCAAGCUGCGAGAGCAACUUUUGGCCUACGAAAGAUCGACAACGCGCUGGCAAGCGAGCUCUACCUUGACUUUGCCUACGACCUCUACAACCUCCCAGGACACCGGCGGCCCCAUGGACGUGGACCGCGUGGAGCGCGAGGGCAAGGGCAAGAAGGGCAAGGACAGGAAAGGCAAGGGCGACCCAAAAGGAAAAGGAAAAGGGAAAGGUGGCAAGAACGACGCCACCGCCAAGCCCAAGGCGAAGCCGAAAGGUGAGUGUUGGUAUUGCGGCAAAACCAGGCAUUUUGCCCGAGACUGCAGAGCAAAGGCCAAGGAGGGCAAGGGCAAGGGCAGCGGCAAGGUUCAGCAAGUGACCCAGGAGGAGACGCCGACCCCACCACCAAGCUCUUCCUCUUUGCCCCCGUCUUCGGCGAGUACGUUUUCUACAUCUACGGCCGCGACCCAGCAACAUCCUAGAGCCGUGCGCCGUGUGAGAAUGGUGACUCCGCCAGGCGUUCCCAGCUGCGUGGUGUACGACAUCUCCGAGGACACCCUGCCGGCUGAGGACCAGGACCGGGACGAGGACGAGUACUACGCGACGCAGAUCAUCCUGGACACCGGCGCCGACGCCUCCAUGGUCCCAGAAAGCUUGCGAGAACUGGGGGCCACAGCGCCAAGUAAUGUGUGCCCGCCUCGCCUCUGCGAUGCCCAAGGAAACGCUAUUCCUACCCACUCCCUUCGCCAAUACGAGUUUUGGCUUCGGAACGCCGAGGGCAAUGCCUACUGCAUCCGCGAGGUGUGCGUGGUGGGCCGUGUCAAGGUGCCUUUGCUGGCGGUGGGGAAGCUGUUCCGCAAAGGCUGGAGCCUAGUGCACAAGGGUGCGGGGCUUUCGCUUGAGGAGCCCUACGGCCUCCACCACACCCCCGUGAAGUUCAAGAACAACUCCCUGGCCGUGGCGGGGGAGAUUCGGGCGAUCACCGAGGUGCCGCGGACUUUGCCACCGCGGGUGCCGAGGGUGACACUUACUGAAGAGAUGCAGGGCCUUGUGGGCAAGGAAGGGAUGCAUGUGCUGGCGGACGGCACCAAGUUUCACUACACAGCCCGUGCCAGCCACCUUCUUGACGCCAGGCCGUGGUACGACCCGAACUUCUUCAAGGCCAGGACGACCCUUUUCCAGAGCGUGUCCGGGCAAUGGCUGCAGGUGGAGAAUAGCGCGGACUAUGUCAACGA